UAUCUCAGUAUUUUCUUAUAAUCAAUUUUUCUAUAGAACAUAAUAUUAAGUCCCGACGAAUAUUUAUAAAGUUGGGAUUUAUUCGACUUCGUUUUAAUUCUGUGCAAUGUUUCGUUUAUAUAAUUUACAGAAAAUUCUCCCUAGCAAUAUAUCAAGUCUUAGAUUUUCCAUUUGUAAAUAUUCUCAUAAUACCACUACACCUGAGGCGGCAGAACAAACUGAAAAAGCCAGAGAUGAGUCUAAAAGGCCCCAAUCUAAAAGGUUGGAAGAAUUCCGAAAGAAGUUAAGAGAAACAACUCCAAUUAAUGAUCUUGGAGAACAACCUACAAUGCAUCCAUCUCAAAAAGAUGAAAAUCCACUUCCUCCAUGGCCCAAUGAUAUCAAUCCUCAUACUGGAGAAGUAGGUGGGCCUAGAGGACCAGAACCUACUCGCUAUGGAGAUUGGGAAAGGAAGGGGAGAUGCACAGAUUUCUAGCCCAAUUAUGCUACCUAUUGUAUUAAUAAUGAAAAAAAAAAUAUUUGACGAUUGCUAUGAUUUAGAGUAGAUGGCUGAUAAACUAAUAAUAUAUCUGUGAUGUAUUGAUGUCAAUUGUAGAUUUCUUUUAUAAUGUUAUCUACAGUUGAUAUAGAUUACAAGUCUGUGAAUAUUAUGUAAGAAAUUCUGAGUGGUGGCAUCCCAACCAUUCUACCAUCAUAGUUUACAUGAAUAUUAAUAAAAAUAAAACUUGAAGCUAGAAUAUUAGGAUAUUACCUACUUUGUGUUGGUGCUUAUUAUUUUUCUUGGAAAUUUAUAGAUUAGUUUUAAUCAGUUAUACUUUGUGUGUUAUAUCAGGUUAGAUAACUUAAUUGUAGUAGAAAUUUGUUAAAAUAAAAAUUUUGAAAUAUUU